GUUUGAGCAAAAUUUUUACACAGUCAUAUCUGGAUUAUUUUCAUCAGGUUCGGUGCUCUUUGUGUGUCUGCUAACACUUACAUUUAAAGAGAGUUAACUUAUACAUUUAAAAUCGAUCGUGAUCAGUUGACAGUUGUCUGUCUUUCUUCACGGAAAACGCUAACAAGUACGAGGAUCAGAGCAUCAUGAAGAAGAGACAGAGUGUAUUAAAGGACAAAGAGAACAUGAGAGAUCUAGAACCACGCAGAACCAAACACACUGAAGAACAAACAGACCUGAUGGAGGAGAAUGAGGAGAGUGACGAGCAGAAGCAUCAUCAUGGUACAACGAGAGAAAAAACUUGCUCACAGACCAAAAGAGUUUAUUUACGGAAAAGAAGAAAUAAGAAACGUUUCACCUGCACUCAGUGUGGAAAGAGUUUGACAUACAAACACAACCUCAAUGUUCACAUGAGGAUCCACACUGGAGAGAAACCGUUCACAUGUGAUCAGUGCGGGAAGAGUUUCACACACAAAGUAACCCUUCAGCAACACAUGAUCCUCCACACUGGAGAGAAACUGUAUGAAUGUGAUCAGUGUGGAAAAACAUUUUCAUGGGCUUCAGGCCUGAAGCAGCACAUGAAAGUUCAUACAAAGGAGAAACCACAUUCAUGUUCUUUCUGUGGAAAGAGUUUUUCACAACUGAACAAUUUAAAAGUUCAUCAAAAGAGACACACUGGUGUGAAAGAUUACAUGUGCUUUGAGUGUGAGAAGAUGUUUACUACGGUUGCACAACUGAAGCUGCACAAGAGGAUCCACACUGGAGAGAAACCUUACAUGUGUUCAUACUGUGAGAAGAGAUUCAAUCAGUCAGUACAUCUGAGAAGACAUGAGAGGAUCCACACCGGAGAGAAACCGUAUCACUGCACUGCAUGCGGGAAGAGUUUCCGUCAUUCAUCAACUUUUUGUUUGCAUAUGAAAAACAAAACACAACAGGACAAGGAAACAACAUCUAAAGUUUUCACCAUAGAUAAAGUUCAAGAUCAGCAGUUUCAUCUGUGACUCAAAGAUGGACCAGAUCUGAUAGUUUCACUGUUGUAAAACAUUACACUUUAUUACAGGUUGAAUUUUAUGUUCAGUUCUCUUAUAAUGCUUAUUAAUCUUUUUUUUUUUAAGUUUAAGCUUUUAUG